AUGGGGAGCUUAAGGUUGAGCACAGUUGUUGUUUCCACAGUUGUGGUUUGUCUCUCCAUUCUCCUCCUAUCUCCUACCGAAGUGGAGGGGAGGGAAACGUGUGACAAACCAUACAGCAUAUGUUGGUUCUGGCCCUUUUUCUCUGAUUCCGAUGCCUAUUGCAGGGAGAGUUGCCUGAAGGUGAAGGACGAGAAAUACGAGUAUUACGAUGGCCAAUGCCGUCCUGCGAGGUCAGCACUACCUCUUCCACCGGAAUGUUUCUGCUGCGUUAGAGAACGCAGCCGCGCUGAAAUAGAAAGCAUAUGA